AUGUUUGAAGUUUAAAUAAAUAAAUUAUUAUAAAUAUUUAUUAUGAGUAGUCCAAAAAUUUAUAAAUGGGUCUUAUUAAAAGAAUUUAAAGAAUAUUUAUUUAUAAAUUUUAGAAGAAAAUUAUACAUUAUUAUAAAUUAAUUAAAAAAAUAAGUAUUUUCUAUUACAAUGAUUAGAUUAUUAAGAAAUAAGAAUAAUAUAAAAGUGAAGAUGGAAGGCAGAAAAUAAAAUAGAUUAAAUCUAAUGCCUUAAAUUAGUUUUGA